AUGAAUUCAGCCCUUAACGUUGAGGUCGUUAAGUUGGGUGGACAAAUCUCAGCAUUAAGGGUGGAGGGCGACGACAAGUUGAGGGAAAGGUUGGCACAUGCAAAAGAAGAGAAUAAGAUAAUUUCGUCUCUCCAUGAAUUAAAGGUCGUCCCGAAGGUGACAGCCGAGAAGGAGUUGGCUGAGAUAAAGGAUUAUGUUGUCCAGGAGCACAUAGAGGGUUUCAACAAGGUCAUCCGUCAGAUGCACUACUUCACUGGGAGCAGUGUAUCUUUAAGCGAGGCAAAGUUUGAUGUUGA